AUGUCUGCAAACGGCUCGCUCUCCGCCGAGGAGCACAAAGCCCUCGGCAACGAAGCCUACAAAAAAGGCGACUACCAAACCGCCAUCUCAGAAUACACCCACGCCGUCGACUCCGAACCCCUCAACCCCGUCUACCUCGGUAACCGCGCAAUGGCCUAUGUCCAAAACAAACAAUACGACCUCGCUCUCGCUGAUUCCUUGGCUGCGGAUAGAUUGGCGCCGGGUACGCAGAAGACGUUGGCGCGGAUUGCAAAGUGCUAUACGUUGUUGGGAAGAGCUGACGAUGCGUUGGAUGUGUAUAAGGGGAUGAGUGAGGUACCGGCUGAAGCGGGUCAAGCGCAUCAGAUGAAGAAUUUGUUCGAGCAAGCGACCAAUAUGAUUCAAGCCGGGUCUGCACAGGCUGGACUCGCACUCAAUGUCAUUGAUCAAGCCGAACGUCUCCUCGGCCCCACGGUCGCUCCCCCCAAGAAGUUCCAGAUCUUGCGUGCGGAGGCAUUGUGCGCAAAAACACCCCACGACUACGACCAAGCCAACGCAAUCGCCAUGUCCCUCCUCCGCAAAGACCAAUCCGAUCCCGAAUCCCUAACCCUACGCGGCAAAAUCCUCUACGCACAAGGCGAGAACGAAAAAGCCGUCGUACACUUCCAACAAGCACUCCGCUGCGACCCAGACUUCGUCGCUGCACGGUCCUUGCUCAAACGCUCCCGCGCAGUCGAGACCAAGAAGGCAGAAGGUAACGCGGCGUUCAAAGCCGGAAACCUCGCCGAGGCAAAACAGAAAUACACCGAAGCACUCGAAGUCGACCCCGAAUCCCGGACCGCGACGAUGGCGAAGCUGUACUCGAACCGCGCUACGGUUUUGAUGAAGUUGGAGGCAUACGCCGACGCUAUCGACGACUGUACAAAGGCAUUGGAGCUCGACCCCUCCUACACCAAAGCCCUCCGCACCCGUGCCCGCGCCCACCUCUCCCUCGAAUCCUUCCAAUCCGCAAUCACCGACCUCAAUUCUGCCCUCGAACUCGACCCGUCAGACUCCACCCUCCGCCCCCUCCUCCGCGAAGCGGAACUCGAACUCAAGAAAUCCCAACGCAAAGACUACUACAAAAUCCUGGGUGUAGGCAAAGAUGCAGGUGAGACGGAGAUUAAGAAAGCGUAUCGGAGGGCUGCGUUGAGGGAUCAUCCCGAUAAGGCGGCGCCGGAGGAUAGGGAGGCCGCGGAAGCGAAGUUUAAGGAUAUCAAUGAGGCGUAUACGACGCUUUCUGACCCGCAGAAGAAGUAUAGGUAUGAUUCUGGAGCUGAUAUUGAGAUGGAUGGGGGUAUGGGCGGGGCAGGCUUCGGUGGGGGUGUUGACCUUUCUGAAAUGUUUGGCGGGAUGGGCGGGAUGGGUGGACAUCCCUUCGGAGGACAGUUUGGGGGUGGGGGUUUCGGCGGAGGGGGAGGAGGACAUCCGUUUGGGGGACAGCAGUUUGGUGGUGGUGGAAAUCCCUUCGGUGGUGGAUUCCCGGGAGGAGGAGGUGGUGGUGGCGGUGGGUUCCAUUUCCAGCAGUUUUGA